AUGACCACCUCAGGACAAGUUCAAGAGCCUGAGAAGGAGAGUCCUACCCUUCUGCAGCAGGGGCAACUUCAACUAGAACAAGGAGACUCAAUCCAGGAACGAAAGCUUAGUCGCUUGCAGGAAACUUCCCACUUUCCAGCUCUGGAACAUCACCUACAGGAGGACGACAGAGAUGCGCUCAGCUUGCAGAUACCGCUCGAGCCACAGGACCUGCUUCCGAACGGAGAUGCAAUACCCGAUGGUGGCUACGGUUGGGUCGUCUGCCUUUGCCAAUUCUUCAUAAACACGUGCACCUGGGGCCCAAUCACAUCCUUCGGCGUCUUCCUGAGCUUCUACCGGGUCAACGACUUCUUCCCCGGAGCGAACGACAUCGAAUACGCGUUCGUAGCAGGCCUAGCACUGUCGCUUCCUCUGUUCGUCUCGCCGCUCUCAAACUACCUGACCAGUCGGCUCGGGCUCAAGGUGCCCAUGUGUAUCGGAGUGAUUCUGCAAGUCCUUGGACUGGUGUUUGCGGGGCUUUCGACCAAAAUCUGGCAGAUAUUCUUGACACAGAGCGGGACCGCGAUUGGUCUGGUCUGGCUUCCCACCCUCCCCGUCCUCGCCCAAUGGUUCUCCAAACACCGCGCCCUCGCUCUCGGGAUCGCCACCUCCGGCUCGGGCGGUGGGAGCCUCUUCUUCUCCCUCGUAACACGCGCCACGAUCCAGCGCCUCGGUCUGCGCUGGGCAUUCAUCAUCAACGCCUUUGUGACUCUGGUCGUGCUCACACCCUCCGUCCUGCUCAUGCGCGUCAGAACAGAAACGCAUGUCACUAUGUUCCGAUUUCGGGAUUUGCACUGGUUUGCACACAAGGGGUUUAGCUGGGUGCUCCUGUGGACGUUUACCAUCCUCCUGGGGUCCACGAUCGCCGUAGUCAGCGUACCGACCUACGCUACAGCCGGGCUCGGGCUCACGCAAGCGCAGGGUGCAAGCCUGCAGGCGAUCAUGGCUGCAUCGCAGAUCGUUGGCCGGCCUCUCACUGGGCUGUUCCUGGACCGCGUCGGGCGAAUAAACGGAACAGCGAUCAUCACCCUCCUUGGUGAUCUUUCCUGUCUAGUGAUAUGGAUGUUCGCACGCAACUUUGGCUUGCUCGUCUUCUUCUGUAUCGUGCAGGGGAUGACUGGGGGAAUAUUCUGGGCGGCCUGUGGACCUGUAUGCGCAGAAGUAGUAGGGUUGGGAGAGAUGGCAACAGGCAGGGCCCUUCUCUGUCUUGUAGGCGCCGUCCCUUGCCUGGUGAGCGAAGCAAUUGGGAUCGCCCUCGUCGACUAUUCGGAGACGGCCCUCCAUCUUACCGGAGCGCAGGCGUAUACGAUAUGCAUCGGUUUCUCGGGAGGGGCGUUCGGGGUCGCUGCGAUGGUGCUGUUGGGCGCUAAAUGGCACAUGCAGGGGAAUUGGCGGGUGUGGGAGAGGGCUUGA